AUGGCAGUCCAAAGCUCCAUAGUCAUAUGCGACAGGUGCCCGUGGUGGUCCGCUCAACGAGCGUCGCUUCGUCAGCACCAGGGCGAAGGUGGAACAUGCCCGGUCCUGACUCCCAUGCCAGAGCCCCAAAACCACCACGACAACAAUAUCAAACCUGUCGGGCCCACUGCCGGGUCCGAAAGCGGCCAACCUGGAACCCCAACCAACGAGCAGAUCACCACCACCACUGCCAGUGUCGAAGGCAACAAUACGGCAGUCGAGGAGUCGCUCGAUGGGCCCGGAAACGGCCAUCCCCAGACUACAAGCCACGAGCAGGAGACUAUCGUCCCCAGCACCGAGGGCGAUACCGACUACAGCGCCCCGAGCACCCCCGAGUCUGACAAUGAAGCGGAAGGCAGCUCUAGAUUUGGCCCCAACAACCUGAACAUCUCCAUCAUUGGCAACAUUGGGACUGUCAAGACCGUCUACCACGUUGGCAAGACCAAGAACUUCCGCAUGUGA